UCAGGAUGAAGAGAGGAAGAAUGGCCAGUGAUACCAGCAUUGGUUUAUCAGUAGGAGAACUGGGAGAAUUGUCAAAGAGACCCAAAAAUUCAGGAGAUGAAACCACAGAGAUGUCAAAGUCACAUGACUGGGGAAAUCUGCUUCCAGAUAUAAUACUACAGAUUUUUCAGUAUUUACCACUUUUGGAUCGCGCACAUGCUUCACAAGUGUGCAGGAACUGGAAUUAUGUUUUUCACAUGCCUGAUUUGUGGCGUUGCUUUGAAUUUGAGCUUAAUCAACCAGCUACUUCUUACCUAAAGGCAACACAUCCCGAUCUGAUCAAACAGAUUAUAAAAAGACAUUCAAAUCACCUGCAGUAUGUCAGCUUUAAGGUGGAUAGCAGCAAGGAAUCUGCAGAAGCUGCAUGUGAUAUUCUUUCGCAACUAGUAAAUUGUUCCCUAAAAACUCUUGGACUUAUUUCAACUGCAAGACCAAGCUUUAUGGAUUUACCAAAGUCACACUUCAUAUCUGCACUUACGGUUGUGUUUGUCAAUUCAAAAUCACUCUCCUCACUUAAAAUCGAUGACACUCCAGUUGAUGAUCCAUCUCUGAAAGUGCUAGUGGCAAAUAACAGCGACACACUGAAGCUUCUGAAAAUGAGCAGUUGCCCUCAUGUCUCACCUGCAGGAAUCUUGUGCGUAGCUGACCAGUGUCAUGGAUUGCGAGAGUUGGCAUUGAACUAUUAUUUACUGAGUGACGAGCUCCUCCUGGCACUGUCUUCAGAAAAGCAUGUUCGUCUGGAGCACUUGCGUAUUGAUGUUGUCAGUGAAAACCCAGGACAAACACACUUUCAUACCAUUCAGAAAAGCAGCUGGGAUGCUUUAAUAAAGCACUCUCCUAAGGUGAACUUGGUCAUGUACUUUUUCCUUUAUGAAGAAGAGUUUGAUCCCUUUUUCCGUUACGAAACACCAGUUACACAUCUGUACUUUGGAAGAUCGGUAAGCAAGGAGGUGCUUGGCCGUGUUGGCAUGACAUGUCCUCGAUUGGUGGAGCUUGUCGUGUGCGCCAAUGGACUUCGUCCGCUCGAUGAAGAACUGAUCCGCAUUGCAGAGGGGUGCAAGAACCUGACAGCCAUUGGACUUGGAGAGUGUGAAGUUUCUUGCUCUGCUUUUGUAGAGUUUGUAAAGAUGUGUGGUGGGCGUUUGUCCCAACUUUCCAUAAUGGAGGAAGUAUUAAUCCCUGACCAGAAGUAUAAUCUGGAGCAAAUUCAUUGGGAAGUGUCCAAGCAUCUUGGCAGAGUCUGGUUUCCAGACAUGAUGCCUACUUGGUAG